AUGGAUAAUGAUGGUAAAAUAGAGAUAGCAUCAAGAGUACCGGAAAUAGUAGCACUUGGACUCAAUCACUCUCUCUGUAUAUCAAGGGGUAGUGCUACACAUUCGUUGUCCAAGAAUAAAGACUACUCUAGCAAGUUUAACAACUCUACAGGUUCCUACAAAAAUGUAUUAUCCUGGGGAAAGAUAUCUUUUAACUGUCUAGGCCAAGGCGUUAACGUUGCCACUUCUGAGUCACCUGGAGUAGUUCCAUUUUUCACUGGAAAAAACGUCGUUCAAGUAUCAUGUGGAGACUAUCAUUCCGCAGUUUUAGUUGUUCCAAAUAACAGGGAUCAUAAAUCCCCAGGAACUGUAUUCACCUUUGGAUUAGGGAACAAUGGAAGGCUAGGCUACUAUAUAGACGAUGACUCGGAGCGUAGAAAGGAAAAGAGUGACACAGACGAACCCUCAUGGUGUACGCCUGUUCCACAACCUGUCGGACUUUCUAUAGGACUGAAAAAUGCAGUGACAUCCGUAUCUUGUGGAGCAAAUCAUACGCUUAUUACAACAUCCAAUGGCUCCCUUUACUCCUGGGGAAUUGGUGCUUUUGGUGUUUUAGGGACGGGAAAUAUUAAUAAUAACUUUACACCUUCUAAAGUAGUCUUUAAUUCAAACGCUGAAGUUUUUAUAACUACAUGUGUUGCUGGGUCUAGACAUUCUGUAGCACUCGAUAGAGAUGGUCGUGUAUGGUCUUGGGGAUAUGGAGGUAACGGAAGAUUAGGACUAGGUAAUACAAAGUCAUACUAUUCUCCGGCGAUGAUAAAGAUAUUCGGUGGUUAUGAAAUUUCGUUCAUCUCUUGUGGUGAUUCUCAUACUGCGUGCAUUGAUAGAUUCGGAAGCGUUUAUACUUGGGGAUCGGCAAAAAGUGGUCAAUUAGGAUUAGGAAAGAUACUAUCAGAUGUUUUGGAACCAACUAUAGUUGAAUCAUUGUCCGGCACUCCUAUAACACAGGUUUCUUGUGGCACUGGGUAUACUCUGGCUCUUUCUUCUUCAGGUUCAAUAUACCAAUGGGGAUACAGUAUAGGUUUAAGCCAGACUCAUGAUGGCUUAUCCUCUAACGUAUCGUAUAUACCCCAAAUAAUAAAAGAGCUCGGAUCCAAAAAUGUUUACAUAACAUCUGGUCCAUAUAGCUGUGCGGUCGUGAAUGCUUUUGGCGAUCUUUUGACUUGGGGAAUUGGUCAAAAUUUUCGCUUAGGACAUGGCAAUACUAAUGAUUACGCAAAACCUAAAUUUGUUCCAGAACUUCGUAACGGAGUUAACAUAGAUAUGAUAUCGGAGGAAUCUGCAAAACUUGAGGAAGAGGCAGAAGAAUCAACAAAGAAACGAAAUUUGUAUGAUGAAAGGCGUAUCCAGCAAAUUUCUGUUGGAGAUGCUCACGGUGUCUUUGUAACUUGCAAUGGUACUGUCUAUACCUGGGGAGUAAAUAAUGGAACCGGAUACAAUACAUCCAAGGAUCCAUUGGAGAAUUAUACUGAGCCAUGUUUACUAAAUAGUUUCUCAUCUAAAAUCAAAAGAAUUGCAUGUGGUUCAAAUCACACACUAGCUGUUACAGUUAAUGGUUUACUUUUCUCUUGGGGUUGUAAUGAUAAUGGUCAGUUAGGUCUAGGAGACUUACGUUCCAGGGUAUUUCCAGAGCAUGUUACAAGCAUUGAAAAUGCAAUAAAUGUUUACGCCGGGGUUGAUAAUAGUUGCUGUAUAUCAUCUUCUAGCCACGAGGAAUUUAUAAAUGAUGAAUAUGGAACGAUGUGGAUGUUUGGUUCCUCAUGUGGUGGGAAAUUAGGUUUAGGCGAGGGAUUUUCCUCGUCGGUAAUGACACCCCGAGAAAUUAGAUCCAUAUCGGGAAUAUUAAAAGUGGCAUUAGGAAGCAUACAUACUAUUGCAUUGACCCAUGAUGGUCUUCUUUAUUCAUGUGGAGCGGGGACAUCUGGCAGAUUAGGGACAGGUUCCAUAAGCAAUUCACUCGUCUUUACUUUAGUUCAAACGGACGUAAAGUUUAUAGAUGUAGCAGUGGGAUCUUCACAUUCCCUCGCUAUUUCAUUAGACAAUAAUCUAUAUGGCUGGGGUGAAGGGAAGUAUUUGCCUAUCGAUGGUGAUGAAAUACUCGUUCCUACAAUGAUAAGCACCCUUCCUUCCCCUAGUGGUGUUUGUAAGGUUUCUUCCGUAGUUGCAUCAUGUAAUCAUACUCUAGUACUUGCAAGAUCCGGUUAUAUUGUUGCUUGGGGAGACAAUAAAUUUGGACAACUGGGGAUAAAGACAGCGAGUAAUCACAGUGCUACAGAUUUUAUAACCGUCCCGUCCAUCGUUUUACUUGAAGACUCUGCUGUAUCCAUAGCUACGUCAAAAUACUUUUCGGUCUGCUAUAAUUCUAAAGGGGAUGCAUUCGCAUGGGGAUUGGCAUCUGAUGAUCGUUUGGGCAUUGGAGAUACUAAGGAAAAAAUUGUUUUCGAUCCUUCACCUAUUGUUACAUCAGCUAUGAUUGGCGAUAUGAUUGAUAAAUUUGAUAUGAAUCCAAAGUUAAACACGAACCUUAGUCGAUAUACAUCUAUGGUAGAAUCAUUUUUGGAUGAAUUAUAUUUUUGUAACGAUGAAAAUUCAGUAAAUUGGAAGAACUUACAAAUUGUGCUAAAAAGUGAAGAAAGGAUGACUUGGGAGUCAUCGCUUAAAACAUUUGAAGAUGAUCUAGUAAAGUGUCUAAAGAGGCAUGUGGACUUUAUAUUCAAUAUGGAUGAAUCACACGAACGAAUAAAGUCUCUACAGUUUAAACUUUUGUCUACCAUGAGAUCUUUUUCAUCUGCUAAUGGGCAUCAUAGGCAGGAUUUAACGGAAUAUAAGGGAUCAGAUGAGUUUAAAAGAAGAAUUCCAUAUAUAGAAAAAAUAGUUGAAAUAAUAUUUCUCCAACCGGCUUAUUUUGUCAGAUUAGCACUGUUCUCAAGUGAUAUAGAUACUGUUUCAAUGGUUAUCACAUCAGUUUAUAACAGACUUGAUAUUAAUAGGGUUCACAACCAGUUUGUUGCAUGUUUAAUGUCUUUGUUACGUGAAGAAAUAAGGUUAUUCUUUAACCCAUUAAACCCACUAAAUGCAUCAUUUUCUCCGUUUGCACGAGUAUUACGGGAAUAUACUGGAACAAAACACAUUUCUAUUGAAAACGCUCAUUAUUUUCUAUCUUUUGGUAUACCAACCUCCGUUGUAUCAUAUAUGCAAAGUUGUAAAGAAAAGAUUUUAAUUCCAAAAGAUAAAAUAGAACCCAAAGAUGAAAAACAAUUAAAGAAUGGCAUGACAAACUUUGGAAAGUUUCUAAUUCACCUUAGCGACGUAUUAACGAAAAUUACAAUACCAGAAACAGUAAAACUUCUGUUUUCGGUUAUGCAUAAAAUGGUAAAGGUUAGGAUUCCAUCACGAUGGGUGGUACAAAAUAUACCCUUUGAACAUUUGUCUAUUUAUCCUCUGAUCCCAAUUUUCGUCUAUUCGGUGAUUCAACCAUAUUUCAGCAAUCCGAAUGAUCUGGCAGACAAAUGUGGAUUGCCCAUAAUCGAAGAUCCUCUUAUUUUAGAUAAUUUAUCUGUGAUAUCACAAUACUUUGAAUAUAUUGUUAAUCCUGAAUUGAGGAUGCCUCAAAUGUCAGACGCACUGCAACAUAUGGCUGAUCAUUUUUAUCGCAACUUAACCAGUCUAUUUUUGGAGUAUCUAAAAUCUAUUUUGAAUGUUAAAGAUAAUUUUAAUAUUGAUAUGACAAUGGAAAUAUUCAAAAGUCAUUUCGAUAUAGAAUGUAUAAACGUAGUUUUGAAAUCUGACUUAAUCGCAAAAUUCAUUAAUUUAUGUGCUGCAAAUGAAAAGUACUUGAAUCUAUCAGCACAUGAUCCAUUAGUAAAAAUUAUAAAUGACUUAUCAGUAGGGAAGCAUAUGCAUAAAUCUGGAAGCAUUUUUAGUGGCACAUUGUUAGAGGAGUUGGGGAAUAGGAAAGAUCUACUCAAAAUUAGAGUGGAACACCGAUUUAUGAUUUAUGACAAAAAUAUGUCCUUUUGCGAAUUUUCAAACGUAUUUUUACCUCAGCGUUUGGCUUAUAGACAACAUACAUAUUCAGAAGAUUGCGUAAAAUAUAUUUCUCUUAUAAUUCGUUAUAUUCCAUAUGGAAAGUAUGAUCCUGGGAAAGUUGUCCAAAACGCAUUAGUUUAUCUAAAGGAACUUGGCAUCAACUUUGGAACCUAUAGUGAUAUUUGUGAGGAACUUAAUAAUAUAGCUGCAUACUAUACCAAUCUAAAGCAGCCAGAUUAUGCCAUGGCUAUUGUGGCUAAAGAGACUGUUGAUGUAUUAAAAAGACUUGAAUCGAAUAAGAUAGGGCCGAGCAGUUUGGUUAAAACGAUAUUGGAGAAGGUUCUUGAGAGAAUUAAGCACAGGAAUUAUCUUUUACAUAUUUAUAAACAUCAAGUCGAAAUUGAUGAAUGUAAAAGAAACUAUGAAUCUGCGGUUAAAUAUAAUUUGGACUACUUGACUAGAUGUAUAACAUGUGCAUCCAAAAAUUAUAUUGAAUCAUGCAUACUAAAAGCAUCAACUACACAUAAAAUAAAACCAUUUUUAAAAAUAGCAAAGGAAGCAAACUCAACUAAGAGAGAAUCAUUUUCAUCGUAUUCUUGCAGAGAGUUAAUAAAAUCUGGGAUUUUGGUGUGUUGCCAAUCUCUAGAUUCGACAACUCUUGAACAAAUGCAAAUUACGUUCACUGUUAACCCCGUAACAGGAUGUUUUGUGGGCUUGGAAAAUAACAGAAGAUCAAAUGGGUCUAGAAAAACGUCAUACAUUUCUUUCAGCACAUUACAAGCAUAUGCAGAUUCCCAGAACCCUGGUUUCCAUGAGCUUUCUGCAGACAGCACUAACCAGAACAGCGCAUUUACCAUAAAAGCCAGGUUCUUGCUGGAUACGUUUAUGAAGCUUAUAUAA